CCACAGGGGUCUGGCCAUAGCGUCAUCCUAUUAACGCCCCAUUGCCCCAUUGACGAAACCGCAGCCUAACAAUUAAUCAAACCUAGUAACUCACCAAUCAACCACGCAACCACGCAACCACGCAACAGUAGAGUUUCACACCAACACCAAGCCCAAUUGCGUAUCCCGAAUUAAAAAAUCCCAAAUUAAGAAUCCCAAAUUCCAAUCUUUGCGAAUUUUGAUAUAUACCAACUCGAGGGGCUCAAACCCAAGCAAAUCAUGGCGGCAUCCCGCCGCGGCCAGCCCGAGCUGCAGGUCCGCCUUCCCUCGGCCCAGAACGCUGCGAUUCCCGAAUUACCUCCCAUAUCCGCCCUGUUUCUGAUCGACUUCGACGUCAAGGCCGGGUAUACCAUCUCGUGGAAGGCUUCUGGGCCUGGGGUAGAGCUCGAGGGCGUUGUCGAAUAUAAGUCCCUGCCUUCGGGACUACAUACCGUUUCGGAGGACUUGAUCUACUUCGUGCACGAUGGGUAUGCGGGGUUGAGCGCCUUCGUCAAUGCGCCUGUUGAGGAUAGCGAGGUGCGGAAUGCUAGGAUGUUGGCGGUGGGUGUGCUGGUGCCGCUGAGUUACGGCCGGUUGGGAAGAGCUUGGAGACAUGCUGAGGGCUUGAAGACAAUGGCAUCGACAUUUGCUACCAGUGCCAAGGACAUCGGUAUAUUGGAAGAGUACUGGCAGAAGCACCAGGCCAAGGAAGAAUCAGUUGCGCCGGUCGAAACUGUCGAGUCGCCAUCUAUUGUCUUUCAACAACCGCCGAAGCAAUUUCAAGGCCACGCUAGGAAUCGUUCGGCCUCUGAUGGAGCAGCUUUACUACCGCCUGGCCAUAGACUAUCCGCCUACCAUCCUGCCUGGAGUUUGACAAAGCUGCUGAACACAUUUGGGCCCCUAAUAUUUCCAAUAUACCGUGCUGCGUUGUUGCGCAAGCGCAUUUUAAUAUCAUGUCACGCACCCGUACAAGAAGCUUGUAACUUCGUUUACGACAUAUCUAUUCUAUCCAAUAUCCCACAGCCAAUAUUCGACCUCUUAUCCCCUAGCUCGCCCCCCCACCGCUUACGACCCCUCUUCACCAUCGGCGUCCACGAUAUCCCCUUCCUCGUUGAGGACUCUAAGCCCAGACGCAACAGCGACGAGUCCCCGGAAAGCGAUCAUGAGGCGGGAACUGGUUGGAUAGCCUGCACGACGGAUAGUAUCCUCGCCAUGAAAGAUACGCUCUGGGACGUCCUCGUCACCCUACCAGCUCCGCACUCCGCCAAAGCAGCGCGGCGCAUCUGGCCUAAGAUCGAGGGGUCGGGCGGUAUUCCAAUCCGCGCCUCACAGCGGGACCUGCGGCGCUUCCGCUCCCUCGAGGCCGGACUGGCCCGGCUAUCCUCACAAUCUAGCUCCGGCGCGUCACCCACCACGCCUCGAGACCCUACUGCGACUAACAACCCGUUUUUUGAUGAUGCAGAGGAGAAGGAGGUUGUCGAACCCCUCAGCUGGACCGCCCUUGCCUAUAAUGGCUUCAUGUGGUGGGCCUCGGCCGGCGAGCAAGCCCUCACAGAAAGAGCCGAGGAAUCAGCCCGCGACGCCGAGCUCCUCGCCGACAUGGCCGGUUCACCAUCUUCCUCUUCCGCAGUCCGAAUGGAGGCCCCCCUUCUCUCCGCGUCCGUCGCCUCACUGCCACCUGCCGAUCCCGACGAGGCGCGCACAGAACUCGCGCUUAUCGCGUAUUUCCACCGGCUUACGAUGCAGGUCCUCGGCACGCUUGCGGACAUCGUCGAGAGCGACGAGGACGACGGGGAAGACGGUUCCAGGGGCGAUAACGACGACGACGACGACGGUACUGCCGCGCUAAUAGACGACGAUGACGCCGCGGAGGGCCGGGGCGUGCGCGUAAGCAGUGAGGAUGUCGCGCGCAUGGGCCUCGACGUGUGGAGCGCUGCGGACGCGGCGUUUGUGACGGCGGCUGUGGAGGCGUAUUUUGGUCGUAGGGCGUAUGUGGAGGGGAAGGGGGUUGAAGUUUGUGGUGUUAGAGUAUGUUAGUGGUGGAUGGAUGGAUGGACGGGUGAGUAGGUUUAAUGGUCGUGAAAUACGGGGUUUGACGAGCUACUUCGCGGGUAGUAAUAGUGGUACGAAGUGAGGAAAGGAGAUGAUGCUCCGUUGUAUAUUAAUAUUGUCCUUCUCGUGAACUGGUCACGAGAUAGGAUAGGAUAGGAGGUUAGGUACCUACCUAGUGUUCGUGUUCGGGACACGGGAGACCCUCAUAUUGUCUUAACCUAGGUAGGUACUGGGUCGCUCGCUGGUGUGUUAUCUGUACCUAUAUUAAUUAGUUCGUGUGUGCCUCGUAUAAAGGCCUCGGAGAUGGGAAUUGAAUAUAUUACAAAGCAAA